GAUUCUCAUAAUGCUUUACUGGAAUUUGGGAAUAACAACCUCCAGAUAUUGGUGGAUAUCACAAGGGAAGGAGUAUGGAAAAAUCCAGUUCUUCUUAAAAUUCUAUCCCAGCAACCAGUAGAAACUGAGGAAGCUAAUAAAUUGAUUACACGAGAAGGGCCUUCCUUUCUGCAGAUGAGAAUAAAACAUUUGAUGAAGUCAAACUGCAUCCCACAAGCUACUUUCUUGUCAAAAUUAUGUGCAGAUUCUCCAGAAAUUGCAAAUGUUUCAUCUUUUCGCCAAGCCUACAUCACAUGUGUGUGUUCUAUGCUGCCUAAUGAAGACUCCAUUAAGGAGAUUGCAAAGGUGGAUUGUAAAGAAGUACUGGACAUCAUAUGUAAUCUGGAAUCUGAGGGGCAAGAAAACACUGCAUUUGUUCUUUGUACAACAUACCUUACUCAUCAGCUUCAAACAGCAAAUGUGUAUUGUUCUUGGGAACUGACACUUUUCUGGAGCAAGCUGCAGAGAAGAAUAGAUCCUUCUUUAGAUUCCUUUUUGGAGAGAUGUCGUCAAUUUGGCAUCAUUGCCAAGACAUUACAGCAUUUGUUCUUCUUGAUAAGAGUCAUACAGUCUGAAGCAGAAGAAGCAGGACUUGCUGUGUCUGUUUUGUUGUGUGUGAGAGCCCUUCAGAUCAGAUCAAACGGAAGUGAUGAAAUGAAGACCUCAGUAUGUAAAACAAUUGCAUGCCUUUUACCAGAAGACCUUGAAGUUCGAAGAGCUUGUCAGCUCACAGAAUUUUUACUUGAGCCAACUUUGAGUGGAUUUAAUGUGCUGGAAGAGCUCUAUAUGCAACCAGAUCAAAAAUUUGAUGAAGAGAACGCGCUGGUUCCAAAUUCGCUCCGUUGUGAGCUGCUGUUAGCUUUAAAAGCAUAUUGGCCAUUUGAUCCUGAAUUUUGGGACUGGAAAACUUUAAAGCGACAUUGCCAUAAACUGUUAGGGAAAGUAGCUUCUGAUUCUGAGGAUGAUGCAAGUUGUAAUAUGUCAAUUAAUGAAACCGACAUGUUGGAAACUUUCUUUAGUGACUAUGAUGAGACAAAAGAACAUAAAUAUUAUGAAGGAAAAGACACAAUGAACCACUCUAAAGAAAAAGCAAGAGUAAAAAAACCAAUUGGUUCUUCAGAAAGAUACCAGAGAUGGCUUCAAUACAAAUUUUUUUGUGUGCUCUGCAAAAGGGAGUGUAUAGAGGCUAGAAUACUGCAUCAUUCUAAGAUGCAUAUGGAAGAUGGUGUUUAUACGUGUCCAGUGUGUACAAAAAAGUUCAAGAGAAAGGAAUUUUUUGUACCACAUGUAAUGGAACAUGUUAAAAUGCCACCUAGUAGAACACACAGACCUAAAAAGAAAAUAAUACUGAAAAAAGAGAGAUCACCACAAAAGACUGCAGCUUCCAGCAGCCCACCCCCAGCGUUUCAGGAGAGGUCACAUCAGCCACAGCUGCCAGAAAACUUUGAAAAUGACACACAUGAAUAUGUCACAUUUAGCCAACUGGAAAAUUGCCAGUUACAAGACAGAGACAUCUAUCCAUGUCCUGGAACGGAUUGUUCUAGAGUAUUUAAACAGUUUAAAUACUUAAGUGUACAUCUGAAAGCUGAACAUCAAAACAACGAUGAGAAUGCAAAACACUACUUGGAUAUGAAAAACAGGAGAGAGAAGUGUGCUUUCUGUCGCAGACAUUUCAUGACGUCCUUUCAUUUGCGGGAGCAUGAACGCGUGCACUGUGGACCCCAACCAUAUAUGUGUGUGUCAAUGGAUUGUUAUGCUAGAUUUGGGUCAGUUAAUGAGCUGCUCAAUCACAAACAAACACAUGAUGAUCUUCGUUAUAAAUGUGAGCUAAAUGGCUGUAAUAUUGUUUUUAGUGACUUAGGGCAGCUCUACCAUCAUGAAGCACAGCACUUCAGAGAUGCAUCAUACACCUGCAACUUUUUUGGUUGCAAAAAGUUUUAUUAUUCAAAAACUGAAUUUCAGAACCAUCUUGCAGUGCAUAAUAUUGAAGUGUCAAAUGGAGAAGUGAAGCAAACACUAAAACUUGAAGAGGCAGUUUCAAAAGACAAAUGCAAUUAUCUUCCUGAGUCUCAGCUGCUUGAACAAUCUGAAAAUUCCAGUCUAAACAAUAACUUGGAUCCAUCAGGCUCUCAGGAAAUUCCACAGGCUCAGGAAGAAGCUCUCUCUGAUAGUGAAGACCUGGACAGUGAAAGUAAUUGCAGUCUUCAUUGUGGGGACCACAGCACAGGUGCUGCAGUAAACCAGGGCCAAGUGUCUCCUCUGCUGAUUGAAACAAUGGCUCACAAUCAAUCAGUUACAGGUUUUCUCAUGUCCCAGGAAGGAGUCUUCCAUCCAGCAGAUGUGAAACAAGAGUGUUCUGAUGUGGCAGUUUGCUUUGAUGAACAAAAACUUUCCUGUGGUUUUGAAGGCUGCUGUUCCACACACAAAAAUUCCAGAAGUAUACAGAAACACCUUCGCAGGGCCCAUCCAUAUAACUUUAAAGGCAAAAAAAAUACAGAGAUGAAAACUAAAGACUUACUUGAUCUGUUGAGUGACACUCAGGACAGUAAAUCCCCCCCAGACAUUAGUACAGAGUUAGGUCAUAAUUCAGAUACAAAUGCUGACUCUUCAGAAAGCUUGUAUUGUACUACAGAUGCUAAAGGAAGCAAUGGCCUGAAGGAAGAAACUUGUCCUACUUCCCCAGAAACAUCUUUUUAUUACAGUUCUAAAGAAUCAAAUAUUGAAGAUAAUAUGUUGGAACUGAUGUUAGGCUUGAAACAUCUAAGCUUAAAAAAUUCCAACAUUCAGAAUUCUUCAAGACACAAGCCUUUUUUGGGCUCUUUACAGUCCUGUUCAUCUAGGGAUGCUAAGUGCCAUGAGUCAGUAGAUGAAACUACCUCAAAAUUUCAGCUUCAAGAACAAGAUAACUUACCCAGCCAGUACCUUACUCAGCUGGCAGCUAAGCCAUUUUUCUGUGAAUGUCAAGGAUGUACAUGUGAGUUCGUGACCAGAGAAGCUCUCUUAAUGCAUUAUGUUAGAAAGCAUAACUAUUCAAAGGAAAUGGUUCUUCAGUUAAAUAUGUUCCAGCAUCGGUACUCCCCAUUUAAGUGUCAUAUUUGCCAAAGAUCAUUUACAAGAAAAACACACCUCAGAAUUCACUAUAGAAACAAGCAUCAGAUUGGCUGUGAGAGGGUAGGUCAUAAGGUAUGUUCUAAUGAAAAAUUUGAUCAUGUAGGUUUAUGUGCAGAUGACGUGCAUAAAAAAAGCGCUGCAUCAACACCUGUCUGUGCAACCAGCAUUAAAUUCAUGGAACAUUCAGAGCACUCUGGGCAGCUGUGUCAAUCUAAAAAGGAAGACUGUAGUUCUGAGACAGAUUUGGAGUCCAGUGAAGAGACAGACAAUGUAACAAGAAAAACUUCUAACAUAGCUUCUCUGGACAGUCAUAGGGAAGAACUAGAAGCAAAACAGGGAAGAGGAAGCAGAAGAACAGUUGCUAAAGGAAACUUAUGUUACAUAUUGCAUAAGUACCACAAACCAUUUCAUUGUAUACAUAAAAGUUGCAACUCUGCAUUUACCAACCAGAAGGGUUUGAUCCGCCAUUAUAGAACUGUUCACCAGUAUAAUAAGGAACAGCUCUGCUUAGAAAAAGACAAAGCAAGAACAAAAAGGGAACUUGUCAAAUGUAAAAAAAUAUUUGCAUGCAAAUACAAAGAGUGUGGUAAGCGUUUUCUAUGUUCUAAAGCUCUUGCUAAGCAUUGUAAUGACUUUCACAAUGAACACUUAGAGGAUCAAAAACUGCUUUCUGAAGCUGAAUCUGCAAGAUUUGCUUGUAACCAAGCCCAUUGCCCUGCUGUAUUUUAUACCUUUAAUAAACUUAAACAACACCUAAUAGAAGAACAUGCCAGUGAAGAAAAAUUAAGCAAAGAUUUUGAAAUCCAUUGUGACCUUAAUGGCUGUGAUCGCAUUUUCACAAAUUACAGUCACUACUCUCAACAUGUAUAUUUCCGACAUAGUGAAUAUUAUGAUAGUCUCUUUGGAAAUCAGAAAGAGGAGGAAGAUAAUCAAGAUAAAGAUAAAAAUGAACAAACUUAUUUGAAAGACAGUUUUGACAUAAGCAAGCAGAAGGAGAAGCAGAUAAAAGAAAAAGCUAAAAGAAUUAGCAGAAGUAGAAAAAAGCAUAUGAUGAGUUUCAAAACAAAAGAAGAAGCCCUACAAAUGUGCAAAGAGAAGUCUAACCAGACCCAAUAUCCUUGCAUGGUUCAGGGGUGUUUGUCUGUUGUCAAAUUGGAAAGCAGUAUAGUGAGGCACUAUAAGCGCACACAUCAGAUGACUAAUAUGUAUAUAGAGCAACGGAUUCAGAAACUUGUUGUUUGUGUUAAAUGUGGCAUAAUGAUUGAAAAACAGUCCUGCCCCGAAACAGCUUUAGACUUGGAUAAAAAAGGUGUAGAAGUUAAAGAGGAUAAAUCACCUAAACCUGAGUAUGUGCAGGAAAGUGAAAAACCUCUUGUUCCAAAUACUGACUGUGAUCCUCAAGAUGUAAGCAAUGAAAACCAAAAAAUAUGUCCAUCAAGCAGUGUGAGUUUUGAUGCAAGUGCCUUUACGUGUUCAGGCACUUUAAAAUACAACCACAGUUCAAAGAACACCUGUUUUGAGGAGCAUAACGUCAGGGAGACAGUUAUGUGUAAAACUGAACAUCUUUCUGAAAACAGUGAAAGAGAGGAUAGCUCUUAUUUCUCCAGUUUACAAUUAGAGUUGCCAAGAGAGAGAGACCCAGAAGGAUGUAAGCAUAGUGCAAGUAAUCAAAAUGCAAAAAGAAAGGUACUUUGUAGUACAAAAGACAAAUUUCACAAGCCUCCAGCUCCCAAACCAUUUGAUUUAAAGACAUAUAAACCAAUGGGAUUUGAGUCUUCAUUUUUAAAAUUUAUUCAGGAAAGUGAGAGAAAAGAUGAUGAUGAUGAUGAUGAUUUUGAUGAAAUAGUAGAAUGGGAGUCUCCUGAACAGUUGCCAGUAGAUAAAACCUUGCAAAAAGAGGGAGACAGUCAAGGGGAUACACCAGUAAGCAGCUUUGUAAAUGACAAAGAUAUAACCCAAAAUAGUCAUGGACAGCUAACAGAAAUCCAGCCCUUGUUGUCAGAAUCAUCAUCUGCCCCUUCUUUAGAAAAUUUGAGAGCGAUUUUGGACAAGGCACUAACGGACUGUGGAGACCUUGCCUUAAAACAGCUUCAUUACUUAAGACCAGUAGUUGUUCUUGAAAGAUCCAAGUUUUCCACACCCCUCAUAGACUUAUUUCCAUCAAAAAAGGCAGACGAGCUUUGUGUAGGAAGUACGUAA